UUUGUUUAUUGUUUAUGUUUUUAUGUGGUUCUUACAGCCCCAGCCUGACCACGGUGUGUAUACAGUAUUUAUUGAACUUGGAGAUACAAAAUUAGAGUUACUGAAUCCUAUGGGAGACAACAGCCCCAUACAGAACUUCUUGGAUAAAAACAAAAAUGGAGGAAUGCACCACAUCUGUAUUGAGGUGGACAACAUAACCAAGGCGAUGAAGGAUGUGAAAGCCAAAGGAAUUAGACUGUUGAGUUCAGAAGCCAAGAUAGGGGCGCAUGGUCAACUUGUAGUGUUUCUACAUCCUAAGGAUUGUAAUGGUGUUCUAGUGGAACUGGAGGAGGCAUGAAUCUCCCUUGUUAAAUAAGUGUGUAUAAACUGGUGGGGACUAUAGGUUUCCUCUCUGUUGCCCUAUAGUCGUAACGACAAAGUUUGUGAUCACUU